CAAAGGGAAGUAACUACGAAAAACAAGUGGAUGACCGUACGCGUGAUUUUGCAUUACAAAAGUAAUUAUACUGCAUAAUUUGAUUUCAGGCAUAAGACGAAUACAUCUUGUUGAGGUAUGUUACCACUGGACUCGUCACCAUUUUGAGCGAGGGGCAAAGGCAUUUAGGAAUUUCAGUAUAACAUACAUGUAGCAAAAAAAUCAGGUCCAAAAGAUGGCUAGUUCAGAGUUGGAGUUGGUCAAAGAAAUCCCAGGGUAUAAAAUGAUCCUGAAAGCAGUGCUUAAGGGCCAAAUACAGCAACUGGUUCAACAGUUGGCAGCGCAUACAGAUGAGGAGUCCAUCAUCUUGACAGCAAGUGUGGCCGACGGUACAUUAAGUCAUCUAGGCUCAGAUUCCGGCAAAUGUUUCUUGGAGAAUCAUGAAGACAUAAAAUCACAGUUCCUGGGCUUCUGUCUGAAAAAUUGCCACAAACAUACGUUGCAAAAGGGUGAUGCUUCAGGUGUUCUGACCCCGUCUUCCAGGUCUGUACAUCCUCGUCAGUCUCCAAGUGUUGUGUCACCACAGCUACAGGUUGGGGCAUUGACCCGUUCAUCUCCUCGGCUAAGGCAUGAACCAUAUACUGUUAAAAGGAUCGCCAGCAGAAGAUCUCUCGAUUUAGAAAAGGGUUUCAGUAAAAAAGAGGCCAGUACUGUUUUAAAUAAGCCAGAAAUUCCAAAUGUAGUGUUUGAUGAAAACAUUAGAGUGAAAACUGAAUGUCCAGAAAGUAUUGGGGAGUCCACAAGUAUAGGAGCAUUGUCUGAAUUAGAAGGUGAACAUCAUUUGAAAACUGAAAGUCUAAAUGCUAGUAAAGUAAAAUCAUUUGAAAAUCAGUCCACAUCUCAAAAAGAGGCUACAUUCCAAAGUGAGGCUGAAAGAAGUUUGUUAGACAGUGAUAAUGGUUCAAUACCUUUGAGUGAAAAUGCCAACAGAGUUAUUCCAGAGAGUCUUUUUGUAAAUUCCGGCUUUGCUAGUUCAGUGAUAGAAAAACCAGAUAAUGAAAAUAAGACAGAAUCAGAAAUUGAUUCAGAUGUAAAUGUCAAAAUUGAGGCAAUAUCAGAAUCUGACAUGGAGCUUGAAAUCACAGGCAUAGAACCAGGUGAGAUUGUUCAGGAUCAUUCCACAGAUAUGACCUUGACCUCAAAAGGUGAUACAACAGGCGGUCAGGCAGAUACAUCAAUACAGUUGCCACAAAAUCUGGAACUUGUUAGUGGACAGAUAGUUGGUGAGGGUAUGUCUCCUGUUAGGGUCCACAUCUGUGAUCUCUGCGGCAAACCCUUCCCCUCCAAGUGGGAGCUUGGUCGACACCGGAGAACUCAUACAGGGGAAAAACCCUUCACAUGUGAAUACUGUAAUAAAGCGUUUUCUGAUAAAAGCAACAUGAACCAACAUAUAAAAGGGGUCCAUUUUAAACAGCCUUUUAGAAAAGAUAGAUGAUUCGUAUAGAAAAUACAUACAGCUGUUGAAGUAAACCAUUUUCAGAGAAAAGACUCUUGGAGCAAAAUAUAGAAAUGUUCAAUUUUAGCUUGCUGUUUAGAAAUGAUGGAUGAUUGGUGUGAUAAAUGCUUGUGAAGAUUGUAAUACAGCAUUUUAACUUUUGAAAUCGUUAGGAUAUACAAAGGGUUAAGAUAUACUGUCGGUUUGUAUGGCUGUUAAGAGAAGAAAACAUCUGGGAAUAUUGUAAUUCAGUAUUUUCAGAUAAAAGCCAACUGGAUUAACGUAAAUUUAAGGGGACCAUUUUAGGUAGAUGUUUGGACUGGAUAAGAGAUUGGUAUGAUGUUUGAAAUUGUUGGUAAUGAUUUUAUACAGGUAGAUACAGGUAUUUUUGCUGUCUUGCAGAUAUUACAAAAGUAUUUGCCAUCAUUGUUAAUAAUUUCAUAUUUGUUAAUAAUUUUCAACAUUUAAAUGACUUCAGUUAUGGUAUAUUUUUGCUUAUAAGACUCAUUAUUAGGAGUAAUAUUUCCAGUUCAAGAGUGGGGAGCAUCUUAUAACCGUAUACUACAAUGAAAUUAAAAGAAAAAGAAAACCCAUAUCGAGGGUUCAACGCAAUAAGGGCGUAUCUACAUAUAGCAGGGCUCCGGAAAUUUUGAUAACUCAAUCGGUCCGAAACGAAAAUCCUGACAUCGGCGCUACCCCACCCAUCACAUUCCCAAUACAUGUAUUACAUAGUUUGUAAAACGUGAUAGGGUAAAGAAAUAAGCAUGUCAUGCAUUAAAACUGAGUUACCAGUCACCGCGCGUUACCAUACAAUGAAGACAGUUAUUCAGUGUUAUGUGUGAUCGUUACUUUGUUUAAAUUUCGAUGUUUUUCCGAGAUAAUACGAGGCAUUGACACCGUGUGCGUAACUAGUCUAAAAGCCAACGCACGUGACUUCGAUACCGUAUGCACGGCAGAUACUUUGUGAUGUUUCCUCAUUCUUUGACGGAAUUCUAUAAAAUACAAUGCGUCAAAGUGAGUUACACGACACAUAUUCUCUGCUAAACAGCCUCAGUAUUUAAGGAAUACUCUGCCGCGGACCGAAUGUGUACGUUAUUUGAACGCUGAGAUCGAAUUUCCCGCAUGUAUAAUACCAAAAUGUCACGCGGGUUGGCCACGGAUGUUUCAUUUCACUUACGUUGUACUUCAAUAAGCAACUACAUUUUAUUAAGUUAUAUGUUCUCUUCUGAUGUAAACAAAAUUUCAUUUUGAAACGUUUUUUAAAAGACCGAUUUGAUAAACAGUGCCACUCCGGUUUUCUUUAUCAUUCGUGGUUGCCCGUCCAUUUUUUUCUUUUUUGUACAGUCGGGUUGCAAAGACGAUUUUCUGCAUUUGUUUCAACUGGAGCCCCAACAAAUGAAUCAUGUAAUUUUUUCAAAUCAAGUAAUUAUAAAAAUUAUUUUUAUCGGUUUUCCGUGUGAUGUCUCAUUAAAUCAAAGACCUAUAAUGUACAAUUAUAGCUCUUUGAUUAAAUGCAGCGACCAUUUGUUUGUUACCGUGAUCAAACAUAGCCUUUAAGUUUUGAAAUAAACCAUCCGUCGGAUUAUAAAUAAAAGAAGUGGAUCCCCGUCGAAAUGAUUUGGAUCCAGUCAGAAACGUUUAAUACACCGCAGUCGGCUGUCUGCAAACAUUAAAGGAUGUGCUGCGCGAGCACUGAUUGCGUCACGCGCUAAUUACGGACCGAUUAUCAAAGUGACAAUCAGACCGAUUGACACGUUUAUUGAUUAUCUGAAGGUGCGACCAACAAUUUCCUACUUGGCAGGUGAUCGUGUAUUGAGAUAUCAGACCGAAAUUUAUACUUUUCUCCAUUUUUAUGGGACCGAUUUUUUUCGUUUUUUCACUUCACGAAUCGGUCUGAAAAGUCAAAAAUCGGUCCAAAACCGACAAACCGGCAAAUUUCCGAAGCCCUGACAUAUAGUUAUUAUAUGAAGAUACGCCCUUAUUGCGUUGAACCCUCGAUAUUGCACGUCCGAUUUCGGGGUGUGUCUUACAAGCGAGUGCAUCUUAUAAGCGAAAAUAUAUGGUAGAAGGAAUUUAAGACAGUUAAUCAGGAGAGCAUGUACAUUUAGUUUGUUCCUACUUGCAAAAAUCUUUGUCACCUGCAAUAUAGAUUCAAGUGGAGAUUUAUAAAAAUAUUUUGAAAUAUUGAAAAUAAGUGUUAAGGACAAUUUAAUGAUGAAAGAAAGCAUGUUUACAAAGUUAUACAUUAAGCAGCGUAAUUUCAUUUCCACGACAUUAAACAUGAUAAUUCAGUUUAUUGCAUUUGCUUCUUGACUGUUCAUAUUCAUACUAUACAUCCAUUUUUAUUACAUUCCUUGAGAAAUAUUUGUAACCGUGAUAAGUCUGUAGAUACAAAAUAUUUCAUAUUUUUAUUUUUUCUCUAAGAUUUUAUUAUGCUUAGUCUGAAGUUGCUGUCAGCCGCUUUUGAAAUAUUCCUCUUGUUUGCAAAAAUACUGCAUAUAAUUUCACAGAGUGUGAAUGUACAAAAAUGUGUAAAACAUUUGUACUAAGGGUGUAAUUUAUGUCAAAUAUCUCAACAAUGAAAGUAUUGAUUUUGUGUUUAUAUCUACAAUUUCUGGUGAUUUGUUAAGUAGGGUAAAUGUUGAAUAUCAUGAAAACAAAGUUGUUUAAUUAUUGACUUUAAUAGAGGUUAGUCUUGUGCACUCAUGAACUUUAGAAAGGCCUCAUUCAUUCAUGAAAAUUAUUUAUUUUUAGCUCACCUGUCACGUAGUGACAGGGUGAGCUUUUGUGAUCGCCCUUCCUCCAUCGUCCAUCCAUCCACAAUUUCUUGUCUGCACGAUAGAGGUUUCAUUUAUGAUUUUAUUUUAACCAAACUUGCACACAACUUGUAUCACCAUAAGAUCUCAGUUCCUUUCUUGAACUGGCCAGAUCCCAUAAUUGGUUCCAGAGUUAUGGCCCCUGAAAGGGCCAAAAUUAGCUAUUUUGACCUUGUCUGCACAACAGCAACUUUAUUUAUGAUUUGAUUUUUACCAAACUGGCACACAACUUGUAUUACCAUAAGAUCUUGGUUCCUUUCUUGAACUGGCCAGAUUCCAUUAUGGGUUCCAGAGUAAUGGCCCCUGAAAGGGCCAAUAUUAGCUAUUUUGACCUUGUCUGCACAAUAGCAGCUUCAUUUAUGAUUUGAUUUUAACUAAACUGGCUUACAACUUGUAUCACCAUAAGAUCUUGGUUCCUUUCUUGAAUUGGCGAGAUUCCAUUAUGGGUUCCAGAGUUAUGGCCCCUGAAAGGGCCAGAAUUAGCUAUUUUGACCUUGUCUGCACAGUAGCAACUUUAUUUAUGAUUUGAUUUUUAUCAAACUGGCACACAACUUGUAUCACCAUAAGAUCUCGGUUCCUUUCUUGAACUGGCCAGAUCCCAUUAUGGGUUCCAGAGUUAUGGCCCCUGAAAGGGCCAAAAUUGGCCAUUUUGACCUUGUCUGCACAAUAGCAGCUUCAUUUAUGAUUCGAUUUUAACCAAACUUGCACACAACUUGUAUCACCACAAGAUCUUGAUUCCUUUCUUAAACUGGCCAGAUUUCUUCAUGGGUUCCAGAGUUAUGGCCCCUUAAAUGUCCAAAAUUGACUAUUUUGGCUUUUGCAGCCAUAUAGAGACUUCAUUUAUGGUGUUUUAUUUGAUACAAACUUCCAAAAUAACUUCAACAACAAUAAUUCUUGGAUUCCAUGACAGAUCAGAUCCAAGCGUAGGUUCAGAGUUAUUUUAUAUCUGAUUACCUCCCCUGAUUGUAAUCAAAAUGGAUUUAUAUCAGUAAGUACGUAUAGUACUUAUUUGAAAUUUCAUUAUUGUCAUUAGUUGGACUGAGCCAAUCAGGGUAGAUAACUAUGGACUGAUUUUAUGUCAAAUUACCUCCCUUUAUUUCAAAUUAAAAUGGGUAUAUCACCGUAACUAAUGAAGAUACUGAUCUGAAAUUUCAUUUAUGUCAACAGAUUUAUUUGGCAGAUCCUUCUUUUCUUCACUUACAAUAAUUUUUUUUUUUUUUUAAUUACUUCCCUUUUACGUUACUAUAAAUAGCUUAUUUUUAGUAACUUUUUUAUUAUUGGCCGUAGGGAAAAACCGAGACCACUUUUCUGUGGUACAGCAUGGAUGGUACCUCCAAUUUGUAGGUGUAUUUUGACAUAUCUGUACCUUGUAAGAAUUUUUUUUUUCUUUUUGGUUAAAUUUCUUCCCUUUGUUGUUCCUGUCCUUUGGACUUAGAUAUUUUUUCUGAGGACCUUCUUGUCCUCAAGUGCAAUGAUAACAGGUGAGCAAUAUAGGGCCAUCAUGGCCCUCUUGUUCCAACUUUUAUGCAGAUAUUGGAUAUUAACUUUUUAUACGCCCAAAGGGACGUAUUAUGUUAUUCCCCCGGUGUCCGUCUGUCUGUCCGUCUGUUAGCAAUUUCAUGUCCUCUCUGUAACUCUUGAACCCCUUGAAGGAUUUCAGUGAAACUUGACACAAAUGUUCACCACACCAAGACAACAUGCAGAGCACAUGUUUUGGAUGUCUUGCUUCAAGAUCAAGGUCACACUUAGGGGUCAAAGGUCAUAUCAGUUUGUUUCGUGUCCGCUCUGUAACUCUUGAACUGCUUGAAAUAUUUCAAAGAAACUUGGCACAAAUGUUCACCACACCAAGACGACGUGCAGAGUACAUGUUUCGGAUGACUCACUUCAAGGUCAAGGUCACACUUGUGGGUCAAAUGUCAUAUAUGACUUUGUUUUGUGUAUAUUGCUCUGCAUUGCAGUGCUCUUGUUAGCUCACCUGAGCAAUGCACAGGUGAGUUUUUCUGAUCGCUCAAUGUCCGGCGUCUGUUGUCUGUCAACAUUUAGCUUGUGUAUGUGAUAGAGGCUGUAUUUUUCAAUUAAUCUUCCUGAAAUUUGGUCAGAAUGAUUACCUUGAUGAAAUCUAGGCCGAGUCCGAAAAUGGGUCAUCUUUGGUCAAAAACUAGGUCACUAGGUCAAAUCAAGGAAAAACCUUGUGUAUGCGAUAGAGGCUGUAUUUUUAUGCCCCCGAAGGGAGGCAUAUAGUUUUUGAACCGUCUGUCUGUCAGUCUGUCAGUCUGUCCGCAAUUUUCGUGUCCGGUCCAUAUCUUUGUCAUCGAUGGAUGGAUUUUCAAAUAACUUGGCAUGAAUGUGUACCACAGUAAGACGACGUGUCGCGCGCAAGACCCAGGUCCGUAGCUCAAAGGUCAAGGUCACACUUAGACAUUAAAGGAUAGUGCAUUGAUGGGCGUGUCCGGUCCAUAUCUUUGUCAUCGAUGGAUGGAUUUUCAAAUAACUUAGCAUGAAUGUGUACCACAGUAAGACGACGUGUCGCGCGCAAGACCCAGGUCCGUAGCUCAAAGGUCAAGGUCACACUUAGACAUUAAAGGAUAGUGCAUUGAUGGGCAUGUCCGGUCCAUAUCUUUGUCAUCGAUGGAUGGAUUUUCAAAUAACUUGGCAUGAAUGUGUACCACAGUAAGACGACGUGUCGCGCGCAAGACCCAGGUCCGUAGCUCAAAGGUCAAGGUCACACUAAGACAUUAAAGGAUAGUGCAUUGAUGGGCGUGUCCGGUCCAUAUCUUUGUCAACCAUGGAUGGAUUUUCAAAUAACUUGGCAUGAAUGUGUACCACAGUAAGACGACGUGUCGCGCGCAAGACCCAGGUCUGUAGCUCAAAGGUCAAGGUCACACUUAGACGUUAAAGGUCAUUUUUCAUGAUAGUGCAUUGAUGGGCGUGUCCGGUCCAUAUCUUUGUCAUUCAUGCAUGGAUUUUAAAAUAACUACGCAUGAAUGUGUGGCACAGUAAGACGACGUGUCGCGCGCAAGACCCAGCUCCGUAGGUCAAAGGUCCUAAACUCUAACAUCGGCCAUAACUACUCAUUCAAAGUGCCAUCGGGGGCAUAUGUCAUCCUAUGGAGACAGCUCUUGUUCAAUUGAUCUUCAUGAAAUUUUGUCAAGAUGAUUACCUUGAUGAAAUCUAGGCCAACUUCGAAAAUGGGUCACCCGGGGUCAAAAACUAGGUCACUAGGUCAAAACAAAGAAAAACCUUGUGUGCGAUAGAGGCUGUAUUUUUCAGUUGAUCUUCAUGAAUUUUGGUCAGAAUGAUUGCCUUGAUAAAAUCCAGGCCAGGUUUGAAUAUGGGUCAUCCAGGAUCAAAAACUAGGUCACUAGGUCAAAUCAAAUAAAAACCUUGUGUAUGCAAUAGGGGCUGCAUUUUACAUCGGAUCUUCAUGAAAUGUAAUCAGAAUGUUUGUCUAUAUGAAAUCUAGGUUGAGUUUGAAUAUGGAUCAUCUAGGAUCAAAAACUAGGUCAUCUGGUCAAAUUAAAGAAAAACCUUAUGUAUGCAAUAGGGGCUGCAUUUUACACUGGAUAUUCAUAAAAUUUAGUCAGAAUGAUUGCCUUGACGAAAUCUAGGUCAGAUUAGAAUCUGGGUCAUCUGUGAUCAAAAACUAGGUCAAAUCAAAGAAAAACCUUGUGUAUGCAAUAGAGACUGUAUUUUUCAAUUGAUCUUAAUGAAAUUUGGUCAGAAUGCUAGCCUUGAUGAAAUUAAGGUCGAGUUUGAAUAUGGGUCAUCUGGGUUCAAAAACUAGGUCGCUAGGAUAUAUCAAAGAAAAACGUUUUGUAUGCGAUAGAGGCUGUAUUUUUCAGUCAAUUGAUGAAAUUUAGUCAGAAUGAUUGCCUUGAUUAAAUCUAGGUCAAAUUCGAAUGUAGGUCAUCUUGGCUCAAAAACUAGGUCAAAUUGAAGAAAAUGCUUGUUUACACUUGAGAGACCACAUUUUUGGUCCAAUCUUUAUGAAAAUUGGUCAGAAUAUUUGUUUUCAUGAAAUCUCUAUGUCAAACAUGUUUACACUGUCAUGGUGUGUUUCUCAGGUGAGCGACCUAGGGCCCUCUUGUUUUUAUUUUGCAGAUCCUUUUUUUUGUUCACUUACAAUAAAAAAAAUUUAAUUACUUCCCUUUUAUGUUACCAUAAAUAGCUUAUUUUGAAACUUUUUUAUUAUUGGCCGUAGGGAAAAACCAAGACCACUUUUCUGUGGUACAACACAGAUGGUACCUCCAAUUUUUAGGUGUAUUUUGACAUACCUGUACCUGAUGAGGAUUAUUUUGUGGACAUAGAAUUUUUUUUUGAAUUUCUUCUCUUUGUUGUUCCUGUCCUUUGGGUUCUUUAAAUUUUGCUCCCAUUCUCUGAUGUAACCCUUAGCUUGGUGGAGCUCUU